AUGGCUGACCCCAGUUUUCCACCUCUCCCCUCUACAUCCACUUCCUCCCCUCCGCCUUUACCCACUGUUCUUCCCCUCUGGAAGAAUCUCAUAACCACUACGCCUAAAAUCUCCUCUGAUUUUUCUCACUCCCUCUCCUUUGUCCCAACCCAAAAUUUCACGGCCAACUGUACGGCUGAUCAGUUCGUUGCUGGAGCCCCAGAAUGGUCUCUCUCGUUGGUUGGCUACUCCAUCGGGAAGCGGCCGUUCUACGAAUCCCUUCUUACGACCAUCACGAAGACCUGGCAGCUCAAAGGUGAUAUCUCUCUGCUCACCAUGGAUGAAGGCUUCUUCUUGCUCAAAUUUACUGCCAUCGAAGACUAUGAACAUGCAUGGACUGGCGGCCCGUGGUUCUUUUUCGGCAAGCCAUUCAUUUUGCAGAAAUGGAGUCCGGAUUUUGUUCCCAAGCGUGAGGAAUUUCCUUCUAUUCCACUGUGGAUUAAAAUUAUAAACUUGCCUCUAUCACUCUGGACUCCGGAAGGUAUUUCUAAACUUGCUAGUUGUGUCGGAAUUCCUAUCGCAGUUGAUGCUCUAAGGACGGCUAAAACCCGUCUGACUUUUGCAAGAGUGUGUGCUCAAGUUACUAGCAACUCUCCGUUCCAUGAGAAAAUCUUCUAUUGUGUUGAUGGAAAAUCUUCUCCUUUACGUGUCCAAUACGACUGGAAGCCUGAGCGUUGUUCUCAGUGCGGCUCAAUCAUGCACCCUCCCACUCUUUGCCCCAAAGAUCCUAUCAUAAAACCAACUGCCAUCCUUAAUCCCAGGGGUAGGAGUUCAAGUUGA